AUGCCCACAAUCCAUCUAGGUGUUUACCUGACAUCGGGAAAGGAAACCUACCAAGCGGUUCGAUGGGCGCUAGAAGUAUACUGCCUUCUAGUGGACAGCGCGCAAAUGUAUCACAAUGAGAAGGAGAGUGGUAAGGCCGUUCUAGACUUCCUGUCCAGCGCCGACAACGUCGACUCCGUCAAGCGAGAGGACAUUCAUUUCACUUCCAAGCUGGCAUCCAACUCGUCAUAUGAUACAGUUCGCAAGGUUAUCAAGAAAUCGGUGCAGGAAUGUGGACUUGGCUACAUCGACUUGUUUCUCCUGCAUUCACCCUAUGGUGGCAAGAAAGCACGACUUGACAGCUGGAGAGCCGUGGAAGACGCUAUCGACGACGGCGAGGUAAGGAUCGGAGGUGUGUCCAAUUACGGCGUCAAGCAUCUGCAAGAACUUCUUGAUUCGAAGCCCAGGAUUGCACCAGCGGUCAACCAAAUCGAGGUGCAUCCGUUCAAUACACGGACGGACAUCACGUCCUUCUGUCAGCAGAACAACAUCGUUGUUGAGGCUUACGCACCACUUGUUCGAGCCCUGAAGAUGAAGCAUCCUAAGAUCGUAUCCCUCUCGAAGAAGUAUUCGUGCACUCCUGAAGAUGCUAACGGUUCACUCGUUCAGGGACAACUGCUGGUCCGUUGGAGUCUGCAGCAUGGCUACGUGCCUUUGCCCAAGAGUGUGAAGAAGGAGCGCAUCGUUGAGAAUUCAGAGAUCGGAGGCUUCGAGAUUGAGGACCGUGACAUGAAGACGAUGGAUGGUCUGGAUGAGUAUCUGGUAACAGAUUGGGACCCCACAGACUGCCCGUAA